AAGCAUUCCAUCACCUAAAGUCAUUAUAAUUGACAAAACCGGAUUAGGAUUUUCUCCCGUCCUAUUUUUAUCUCCUUCAUUCUCAUCUUCUCACACUUUCUGCUUUAUCUUUCUUUCUCUUUAUAAAGAAGUCAAUACAAGAUGUUGACGUGAUUUAAUCAUGAUCGUUCAAAUAGGAAAGAAAAAAAAAAAAAAAAAAAAAAGAGAAUCCUAUUCCGUAAAUCCAAAUCCUUGGAUUUUGUGGUGAAGGUUUGGUCAAACAUGUGAUUACCAAUCUACUCAUUUUCCAAAUGGUGACUAUUAUUAAAUAAGAACGCUACUGAUACAUGUAAGUAUUCAUUGUCAAUCUACUCUUCUGGCAUCUUUACUUAUUUCCCACCACCAUGUCAAACACCGCAGCUCCUCCUCCUCCUCCUCCUCACAUAGCCCUAUUGCCUAGUGCCGGAAUGGGGCACUUGACCCCCUUCCUCCGCGUUGCCGCCAUGCUCUCCUCUCGGAACUGCACCAUCAGCCUGAUCACCGCUUGCCCUUCUGUCUCCGCCGCGGAGUCCGCCCACAUUUCUUUCUUCCUAUCCCAACAUCCAAAAGUUAACCACAUUGAGUUCCAAGUCAUUUCCUCCCCGAAUCCCACCACCGACGAUCCAUUCUUCCUCCAAUUCGAAGCCACCACCCGCUCCAUCCACCUUCUCUACCCUUCGCUUGCCGCUUCAUCCCCGCCUGUCUCAGCUAUAUUUUCCGACUUUGCAGUGGCUUCUAGUAUUGCCUCAGUCGCCGCCGACCUCGGCGUCCCCAACUACAUCAUCUUUACCACCUCAUGUAGAUUUUCCUGCCUCAUGGCCUACCUCCCAACCCUUCUAUCAAACCCUUCCUGUUUUGCAAGCGAUCUCAAAGAAGUCAACGUCCCCGGAAUCACUCCAUUGCCUAUAGGAAGCAUUCCUCCUCCAUUUAAAAACCCUUAUCAUCUUUUCACAUCAAUAAUCGCCACAAAUUCUCGAGCUUUGUCCAAAUCCAAACGGAUCCUAAUGAACACUUUCGAAGAUUUUGAACCGGAAACUCUAGCAGCUAUAAACAGUGGGAUGGUUUUAGAAAAUCUCCCACCGAUUCUUCCGAUCGGACCGUUAGAUACCUUCGAGGCCAAGAAAGAGCAGGACGAAGACGGAGACUAUCUGUCAUGGCUAGACAGCCAGCCGGCAGAGUCAGUAGUUUACGUGAGUUUCGGAAGCAGAACAGCCAUGUCGAAUGAGCAGAUUAAAGAGCUCUCAGAUGGGUUGGAGAGGAGUGGAUAUAGGUUUUUGUGGGUGCUCAAAACAAGUAAGGUCGACAAAGAGGACAAGGAAGAUCUGAAAAGCCUGCUUGGGGAGCCGUUUUUGGACAGGAUAAAAAGCAGAGGAGUAGUAGUGAAGGGGUGGGUGAGCCAGCAGGACAUUCUCGAGCACGCGGCUAUUGGCGGGUUUGUGAAUCACUGCGGGUGGAAUUCGGUUAUGGAGGCGGCGCAAAAAGGGAUACCCGUGCUGGCCUGGCCGCAGCAUGGGGAUCAGAGCGUUAACGCGGAGGUGGUGGAGAAGGCAGGGUUGGGAAUAUGGGAGAGGAGUUGGGGUUGGGGGGUUGGAGGGGUGGUGGUGGGUGGGGAAGAGAUAGGGAGGAAGAUCGUUGAGUUGAUGGAGGAUAAGAAGCUGAGGGGUUUGGCUAGGAAGGUAGGAGAAGAUGCUAAGAAGGCUACUGCCACUGGUGGGAAAUCUCAGAAGGUGUUCAAUGAAGUUUUGGAAUAUUUGACGCAGAAGAACUAAUGUAUCCUUGAAAUUUAUGUGCUUAAGUUGAAGUUUCAUGUAACUUUUCAAUCUCAAAUUCGAUAUAAUAUGUUGUAGUCGGGAUAUGGAACAUAUUGUCGAUGUGUCAUCGCCCUUUUAAAUAAUCAAAAUCAUAAUUUUCUUUGUAAAUUGGUAUCAUGUAAACAAUUAGUGAAAAUUAAUUAUGCUUUUGUCACAUGGUUGGUGUGACGAAUUUGUUCA